AUGCAAGAAGGAAAGUACACCACAUCACCCUCCUGGGCCGACAUCGAACCCAUCCCUCUCAACGACGGAUCCGAGGACGCCACUCCGCUCGCCGUCAUCACCUACAAACCUGAAUAUGUGGAAGCGACGUCCUAUCUGCGCGCCGUCAUGGCUGUCAAUGAGAUGUCCGAGCGGGCGCUGCAGUUGACCGAGGAUGUGAUUAUGAUGAAUCCUGCGCAUUAUACUGUUUGGCUGUAUCGUGCAAAGAUUCUAUUUGCUCUAGACAAAGAUCUAACGCAGGAAUUAGCGUGGCUGAAUAAAGUCUCUCUCAAAUAUCUCAAGAAUUACCAGAUCUGGCACCACCGCCAACAACUCCUCUCCUCAAAAACACACUUUACUUCUCUACCCGCAGGCGAACAAGAUUUCCUAAUGCAAAUGUUUGCGUCUGACUCCAAGAAUUACCACGUCUGGUCUUAUCGGCAGUGGCUCSUGCGACAGUUCAAUCUGUGGGAUGAGCCGCGCGAAAUCGCAGAUGUGGAUGCGCUGAUUGAUGCGGAUGUGAGGAAUAAUUCGGCGUGGAAUCAUAGGUAUUUAUUGAGGUUUGCGCCGAGGCAGGGGCCAGAAGCUGCUAUGGCUGUGGCAGUCACUGGGAAUGGGGCCAUUUCAGCGGCAGGGAAAGGGAGGUUGGAAGUGGUGGAUGAAGAUGUUGUAGAUGCUGAGCUGGAGUAUGCGCAGAAGAAGAUUGCAUUGGCGCCUGAGAAUCGGAGUCCGUGGCUUUAUGCGCGGGGGGUGUUGAGGGCGGCGGGGAGGUCGGUGGUUGAAUGGAAAGGGUUCGCGAGUCGAUUUAUUACUGAGGAGGUUGGUGAUGAUGCGGUUGUGCAUGUCAAGAGCAGUUUGGCCCUGGAGUGGCUGGCUGAUGUCUACGGUGAAGAAGCCGGUGAAGGCGCGGAGGAUACACGACAAGGAAAAGUGGACGAAGCAGUCAGGAUGUUGAAUUUGUUGAAGGAGAAAUAUGAUCCUAUUCGGAAGAAUUAUUGGGAUUACAAGAUUGGGCAACUUGCUAUUGCUGCUUAA